CUGGCUGCACCUUCGAGGAGGACAGUGAGCCCAACCAGUGUGAGUACAGCCAGGGCGAGGACGAUGACUUCGACUGGGAGCUCCUGCGCAGUUACCUGAUGCCUCACCUGGUGCCUGAGCUGCCUCACGGCUCCUACCUGAUGGUGAACUCCUCUCAGCACACCCCGGGCCAGAAAGCUCACCUGCUUUUCCAGGCACUGAGUGAGAAUGACACGCACUGCCUUCAGUUCAGCUACUUCAUGUUCAGCCGGGACGGGCACAGCCCCGGCACGCUCAGCGCCUACGUCUGGGUCACCGGGGGCCUGCUGGGCAGCGCCGUGUGGAACGCCUCGGGCUCGCACGGCCGCCAGUGGCACCAGGCAGAGCUGGCAGUCAGCCUCUUCUGGCCCAGCGAGUACCAGGUGCUCUUCGAGGCUGUGGUUUCCAGUGAGCGCAGGGGAUACCUGGGCCUGGAUGACAUUUUGCUCCUGAAUUAUCCAUGCUCGAAAGCGCCUCAUUUCUCCCGCCUGGGUGAUGUGGAGGUGAACGCGGGUCAGAACGCCACCUUCCAGUGCGUGGCUGCUGGCAAGGCUGCCGAGGCCGAGCGCUUCCUCAUGCAGAGGCAGAGCGGCGAGGUGGUCCCUGCCGCCUCGGUGAAGCACAUCAGCCACCGGCGCUUCCUGGCCACGUUCCAGCUGGAGGCCGUAUCCAAGGCGGAGCAGGACCUGUACCGCUGCGUCACCCAGUCCGCCCGCGGCGCCGGCGUCUCCAACUUCGCCGAGCUCAUCGUCAAAGAGCCCCCCACCCCCAUUGCCCCCCCCCAGCUGCUCCGGGCCGGCUCCACCUACCUCAUCAUCCAGCUCAACACCAACUCCAUCAUCGGGGACGGCCCCAUCGUGCGCAAGGAGAUCGAGUACCGCAUGACCUCGGGGCCCUGGUCCGAGGUCCACGCUGUCAACAUGCAGACCUACAAGCUCUGGCACCUGGACCCUGACACGGAGUACGAGAUCAGCGUCCUGCUCACCCGGCCCGGCGAGGGGGGCACGGGCAAACCGGGGCCGCCCCUCAUCAGCCGCACCAAGUGCGCAGAGCCCAUGCGAGCCCCCAAAGGCCUGGCUUUCUCUGAAAUCCAGUCCAGACAGCUGACGUUGCAGUGGGAGCCGCUGGGCUACAACCUGACCCGCUGCCACACGUACACCAUGUCCCUGUGCUACCGCUACUUCGUGGGCAGUGGCCACAACCAGACCUUCCAGGAGUGUGUGAAGAUGGAGCACAACGCCAACCGCUACACCAUCAAAAAUCUGCUGCCCUACAAGAACAUCCACGUCAAGCUCAUCCUCUCCAACCCUGAGGGGCGCAAGGAGGGCAAGGAGGUGAUAUUCCAGACAGAUGAGGAUGUGCCUGGCGGCAUUGCCUCCGAGUCGCUCACCUUCACCCCGCUGGAGGACAUGAUAUUCCUGAAGUGGGAGGAACCAGUGGAGCCCAAUGGCCUCAUCACGCAGUACGAGAUCAGCUACCAGAGCAUCGAGUCCUCAGACCCCGCGGUGAACGUGCCGGGCCCGCGGCGCACGGUGUCCAAGCUGCGCAACGAGACCUACCACGUGUUCUCCAACCUGCACCCCGGCACCACCUACCUGUUCUCGGUGCGCGCCCGCACCGGCAAGGGCUUUGGCCAGACAGCGCUCACCGAGAUCACCACCAACAUCUCUGCUCCCACCUUCGACUACGGGGACAUGCCAUCGCCGCUGAGCGAGUCAGAGAGCACCAUCACGGUGCUGCUGCGGCCGGCGCAGGGCAGAGGGGCUCCCAUCAGCACCUAUCAGGUCAUUGUGGAGGAGGAGCGGCCCAGGAAGCUGAAGCGGGAGCUGGGGGGGCAGGAAUGCUUCCCGGUGCCGCUCACCUUUGACGAUGCCGUGUCCCGUGGCUCUGUGCACUACUUCGGGGCAGAGCUGCCCGCCAGCAGCCUCACCGAGGCCAAGCCCUUCACCGUGGGGGACAACCAGACCUACAGUGGCUACUGGAACCCACCCCUGGAGCCCAAGAAGGCCUAUCUCAUCUACUUCCAGGCCAUGAGCAACCUCAAAGGGGAAACUCGGCUGAACUGUGUCCGGAUCGCUCGCAAAGCUGCCUGCAAAGAGAGCAAGCGUCCCCUGGAGGUGUCCCAGCACUCGGAGGAGAUGGGCCUGAUCCUGGGGAUCUGUGCUGGAGGGCUCAUCAUCCUGAUUAUCCUGCUGGGAGCCAUCAUCGUUGCCAUAAGGAAAGGGAGGAACUACUAUUCUUACUCCUAUUACCCGAAACCUGUGAAUAUGACCAAAGCCACCAUAAACUACCGACACGAGAAGACACACAUGAUGAGUGCCAUCGACAGGAGCUUCACUGACCAGAGCACCCUGCAGGAGGACGAGCGCCUGGGGCUGUCCUUCAUGGACACCCAGGGCUAUGGGAACAGAGGUGACCAGCGCAGCAGCGUGGUGAACGAGUCCAGCAGCCUGCUGGGGGGCUCCCCGCGGCGGCAGUGCGGCCGCAAGGGCUCCCCGUACCACACGGGACAGCUGCACCCGGCCGUGCGCGUGGCCGACCUCCUGCAGCACAUCAACCAGAUGAAAACGGCCGAGGGCUACGGCUUCAAGCAGGAGUAUGAGAGUUUCUUUGAAGGCUGGGAUGCUUCAAAGAAGAAAGACAAGACCAAAGGGAGACAGGAUCACGUGUCCACAUAUGACCGUCACCGCGUGAAGCUGCACCCGCUGCUGGGGGACCCCAACUCCGACUACAUCAAUGCCAACUACAUCGACAUUCGGAUUAACCGAGAAGGCUACCACAGGUCCAACCACUUCAUAGCCACACAAGGGCCCAAGCAGGAGAUGGUGUACGACUUCUGGCGCAUGGUGUGGCAGGAGCACUGCUCCAGCAUCGUGAUGAUCACCAAGCUGGUGGAGGUGGGCCGGGUGAAAUGCUCCAAGUACUGGCCGGAUGACUCUGAGAUGUACGGGGACAUCAAGAUCACGCUGGUGGAGUCCGAGACGUUGGCUGAGUAUGCUGUGCGCACCUUCGCCCUGGAGAGGCGAGGUUACUCGGCCCGGCACGAGGUGAAGCAGUUCCACUUCAUGUCGUGGCCUGAGCACGGUGUCCCCUACCACGCCACAGGGCUGCUGGCCUUCAUCCGCAGGGUGAAGGCGUCCACGCCGCCCGACGCCGGCCCCGUCGUCAUCCACUGCAGUGCUGGCACGGGCAGGACUGGCUGUUACAUCGUGCUGGAUGUGAUGUUGGACAUGGCUGAGUGCGAGGGCGUCGUGGACAUCUACAACUGCGUGAAGACCCUCUGCUCACGGAGGAUCAACAUGAUCCAGACAGAGGAGCAGUACAUCUUCAUCCACGAUGCCAUCCUGGAGGCCUGUCUGUGUGGGGAGACCAGCAUCCCUGCCAGCGAGUUCAAGCCCACCUACAAGGAGAUGGUGAGGAUAGAGCCGCAGAGCAAUUCCUCGCAGCUGCGGGAGGAGUUCCAGACCCUGAACUCGGUGACGCCGCACCUGGAUGUGGAGGAGUGCAGCAUCGCGCUGCUGCCCCGCAACCGCGAGCGCAACCGCAGCAUGGACGUGCUGCCGCCUGACCGAUGCCUUCCCUUCCUCAUCUCCGUGGAUGGAGACAGCAACAACUACAUCAACGCGGCCUUAACUGACAGCUACACCAAGAGCGCUGCCUUCAUUGUCACCCUGCACCCGCUGCAGAACACCACCACCGACUUCUGGCGGCUGGUGUACGACUAUGGCUGCACUUCCAUCGUCAUGCUCAACCAGCUCAACCAGUCCAACUCUGCCUGGCCCUGCCUGCAGUACUGGCCCGAGCCAGGGCUGCAGCACUACGGCCCCAUGGAGGUGGAAUACAUCUCAGGAGUAGCGGAUGAGGACCUCGUGUCCCGACUCUUCCGAGUGCAGAACAUCACACGGUUGCAGGAGGGGCACCUGAUGGUCCGGCAUUUCCAGUACCUGCGCUGGUCAGCCUAUCGAGACACCCCAGACUCCAAGAAGUCCUUCCUGCACCUCCUGGCCCAGGUGGAGAGGUGGCAGAAGGAAAGUGGUGAUGGCAGGACUGUGGUGCACUGCUUGAAUGGAGGUGGCCGGAGUGGCACCUUCUGUGCCUCCACCAUGAUCCUGGAGAUGAUCAAGUGUCACAACAUGGCAGAUGUUUUCUUUGCUGCCAAGACCCUCCGCAACUACAAACCAAAUAUGGUGGAGACCUUGGAGCAGUACCACUUCUGCUACGACAUAGCACUGGAAUACCUGGAGUCCCUGGAGAGCAGAUAGCACCUGGCCACGAGAGGGGCACGAGGGCUCGUGCAGGGCCGUGCCAGCCGCGCUUCCCAGCUGGACACUGUGUCCCUGCUCGGGGAGACAGCCAAGGACCCUCCAGGAAACUUGGGAUCCAGGAAACAAAAGGACAUGGAGAUGUGUUGGCCACUCUCCAUCUUCAUCUUCCGCUCUCCAUCUUCCCUCCCUGCCUGGGUGGAUCCCACAGCUCAGCCGGUUCCUUGGAGUCACAGCCUGGCCUUGGUGCUGCUGGGUCUCUGCAGCUGCUGGAGAGGAGGCCAGGGAGGGGAGGAAGAGGAGGCCACGAGGAGCUGAGGCUGUUUCCCAUCACAGAAGGAUGGACACUGGGAGAUGUUGCUCUUUUGUGUGUGGUAUUGAAGCUGCUCCUCGAGGAGCCCGGAGGCUGCUGGAGGUUUUCCCUUGGUGGGGCUCACUCUGAGCCAGAACAAAGGUCCCCCAGAAGCUCUGAGUUUCUGCCCCUAGGCACCAUGAAUUUGAUCCUCUGUUAGUUCUGUGAGUUCUGACCCUUUGUGUACCCAGCCCUGGACAGACAGAGAUGAGGAUGGGGGGCACUGGCCAUGCAAUGUCCCUCUGCAGGGACUGACCUGGACCCUCCUGGUGCUUUUGCAAAGUGUUGGAGGGGAUGGUUCCCCAGCAUCUCCACACCUUCCUCUCCAUCUGUAGCAGUGAAUUCUUCCUGUGAUGUCCCACUGACCCAUGGGUCUGUUUUUAACCCUGCCGUUGUGCAACACUGCAUUUGAAGCAAAAUCUUCAAAAUUCGGGUCUAUUCCAAAUACUUCCUGGGUGCCACCCCUGGGCAGUUGCUGGGCCUAGUGGGGCAGGAGGAUUGAUUUUGGGCUGAGCUGUGCCAAAGCCAUGGCUGUGUGUUGGGGCUGGACAGGGGAAGGUCCCCACACUCCUGUGCCACCGGGGCUGGUGGCUGAAGGUACCUAGGGUGUUUUAGCUCCAUCCUGCUGCAGGCGGGUGUGAAAUGGCACUUUUUCCAUCUGAUGUUGUGGUAAUUCCAGAGACUCUGCUCUCAGCCUGGUUGUAAUAAAUGGCCUUGGGAAGGUGCAUCCCGAGGGAUCCAGGUCUGGGAACUGAGGGGAGGCUGGUUCUGUCCUGAGGGCCAGGCUGAGCCCUUCACCAUCACUUCUGGGGGUGAUGGAGCAGAGCAGGUGAGAAACCCCUCCAGAUGCUGGAGUUUUCAUGAGGGCAGCCCUGUCCUUCAUCCAUCUGCCCCCUUCACCCCCACCUGUGUCCCCCCUCCUCCAGCCAUGCCUGCCCAGGGCAGGGGCAGCUUCCCUGCCCUGCCUGCCUGGGGCUGCCCAGCCUUGCCCAGGGAAUUCUGCCCAGGAAUCAGGAAGGCUGCACAGCUGAAAUGGCUGGAGGAGCAGACCCAGGAGGUGUUUCCAUCCACCUCCCAAGGGUUAAAGAGAGCAGGAAGAGCCAUCCCUGCCCUCUCUGCCCUUGGACAAUGUGCCACUGCUGUGGUGAUGGGGAUUUCAGCACCACCCCAGACCCUUGGUUCUGCCACCUCCUCCCUGAGGAAUUCACAGUCUGACAAUAACUUAUGCCAAGGGCUAUAUGACAUCAUUCCUUCCUUCUUGCUAUCCCUGCUGUCUCAUCUGCAGUGUGCCCAUUCUGUCUUGUCACCAAAAGGUCUUUUUUGCCCCCAAAUGGUCCAGUAAAACCAGUACCUGACUACACCAGUACUCACACUGGGAUAAAUCUGUGUCCUUUUCCCAGUCCCCAUCUCUCCAUAGACCUGCCUGUGCUGUUCUAGGGAAGGCGCUGCAUGCUGGGUGCAGAAAUUGUUUGGUUUUGUAUGAAAAUGGCUGAGCUGAGCCUCCAAAAUCCCUGGGAAUGGGAUGGGAUGCUCUGGGGGCUGUCCAGCAAUGCUGCUGCCUAGGCUACAUCCUGCCUGUGGUCCAGAGGGAGGGAGCAUCCCACAGGGUCUGCAGGUAAAGUAUUGCCAGAAAGAGGAAAAGAGGAGGGGUGAAACCCCACUUAGUCCUACAGAGACUGGAGGAGUUGUAUAUAUAUUUUAAAAUCAAGAGUUUUCCCUUUUUAUUUUAUUUUGAUACCUCCUUGCUUGGUGUCUCUGGGUUUUUAGGGCAUCUCUGGUGAAGGGCAGAUUUUGAAAUCCAAGUGCUAUAAAACCCAGCCCAUCUCCAACUCCUACUGACAUGCUCCUCUGACAUGAGGCAAGGACAUCUUGUACAUAGAAAUCUAUAUAUAGAAAUCUAUAUAUAAAAAUAUAAAUACUGUUCUUAAGAUGGAUAAUGUUUAUUGGUAUUACAGAUUGGAGUGGUGCUUUUUUUUUAAAUAAAAACAAAACAAAAAAAAAAGGAAAAAAUUAAAACCCAAGAAAAACACCAAAUUGGAACAAUUUUGUCUAUAUGCAGUCAAAGUGAUCCUAAAAGCUGGCAGCAUCCCAGACUUGGUGCCAAAGGGACUUGGGACCAUGAGGCAGCUCCACCAUGGACGAGGAUGGAGCAUUGGGACCGAGGGAGGGACGUGUCUGAUGUGGAUUGUACCACACACAGCCAGCUGUUGUUAAUGUUUUUUUUUAUUAUUUUGUUAUUAUAUUAUUUUUGGCUUUCUUUCCUUUUAAGAAAAUUAGUUGCAUAAAUAAAUGUUCCAAAUUUGU